AUGCUCUUCUCUCGAAUCUCUGUGGGCAUUGCCCUACUUGCCACUGUGGGCUCCGCACUGCCUGUCGAGCUCAAUCCGCGCUCACCUCUCCAAGCCUACGGUCAACAUACCGAUGACAAGAAGGAGCAAGUCGCAGCCAGAGUGGUUCCAGUUCAGGCUUAUGGACAACACACCGACGAUAACAAGCAGAGCAAGCGCUCACCUGCCCAGGCUUAUGGCCAGCACACCGAUGACAAGAAACAACAACUCGAAGUCUCUGAGCGAAGCGUUCCUGUUCAAGCCUACGGCCAACACACCGAUGACAAUAAACAAAACAAACGAUCACCAGCUCAGGCUUACGGUCAACAUACCGAUGACAAGAAGCAACAGUUGGAGGUUUCAGAGCGAAGUGUUCCGGUUCAAGCCUAUGGUCAACACACUGACGAUAGCAAGCAAAACAAGCGCUCUCCGCUUCAAGCCUAUGGUCAGCACACUGAUGAUAAGAAGCUCGAGGAAGUUGCUUCCCGAUCACCUGUCCAAGCUUAUGGCCAACACACCGACGACAAGAAGGUUGAAGAGGUGGCUGCCCGAUCACCUGUCCAGGCUUAUGGUCAGCACACCGACGACAAAAAGGUUGAAGAAGUGGCUGCUCGUGCACCUGUACAAGCAUAUGGUCAGCACACAGAUGAUAAGAAGGUUGAGGAAGUUGCUGUCCGAUCCCCUGUUCAAGCUUACGGUCAACACACCGACGAUAAGAAGGUCGAGGAAGUGGCUUCCCGAUCCGUACCAGUUCAGGCAUAUGGCCAACACACCGACGACAACAAGCAGAACAAACGUGAUUUUGCUCAGGCUUACGGACAACAUGUCGAUGAGUGCUAUGGCGGGGGUCAGGCAUAUGGACAACAUAUCGAUGAUUGUGUUUUGUGA